CCAGCCCAGACCCUGGCUCCCUGGCUGCAGCCAUUUAAUUGCUGCAUGGUGAAGCUGCAGAGCAAUGGCACAGCUGGCUCAGACUUUUCCCAGCCACUACUGGGAAAGGGGAUCCUACCAGGAACAAGAGGAUCCUACCUAGAACAAGGGGCUCCCCUGGGACUGGGUGCUAUGCCCAUGCCCAGCACUGCCCCAAUUAAAACCUCUAGCUGUGGAGAGGGGCUGGUGCUGCCAGUCCUGACUCCCAACUCCAGCUCUGAGGUGCGGCAGGUAGAGGAGGCAGGAGGCCAGGGUUCAGUUUGGCUUUGCUGUGGGAGGGGGUCCCCUCUCCACAUUUCCCUGUGUUCUCCCAGCCCUGGCUGUGAAGCAGGAGGUUCUUCAGCAGCUUGGGGCAUUGCAGGAGCCCUUGGGGCUUUGGUCACCCCUCAUCAGCAUCUGCUUGGCACUGCCUGGAUUUUCUUCUUAUUCCUUGAGGUCACACCUCAAUGGAAAGUGCACUUUGCAUUUGGGUCCCGCUACUGUGAAUUUGAGCUCUGUAGGGAAAGAAAACGCCAGUGGUGGGAGCACGGCAGGAGCCUGAUACCAGCACAGCUCCAGCACAGUGAGCUCCCAGUGGCUGCUUCAGCAAUGGCGCCGCGGUUUUGGCCCCAGUCCCUGCUCCUUAUUUCAGACACGGGAGUGUGAGGGACACUGCAGACAGCAGCAGGGAAAUCGAUGCUGGUGCCACCACUGGCGAGGUCCCAUCCGGAGUGGCAGCGGGCACUGCCAAGUGCAAGGAACCCGCUCUGACUUAGGCUAUUUUCAGCAGGAGCCCAGCUCUGCCACAGGGAAGGUGUUGGCUGGCAGCACAGGCUGGUGCAGGCAGGGUGACCACUGGCACCUACAGCCCAUCUGUGGGUGCCUGCCCUACCUGCACAGCCCCUUGGGGCCACUCUCCUGUCCUGACCUCUCCCACUGCCACCAGAUCCUCACUGGCGGUGCUGUGCUACUGCUUGCCCAGCCCCACGGGCUUCCAGGGCUCACCAUGUUCCUUGAGGGGAUGCAAACCAGUGGCAGCCUGGAUGGUGCCAGGGCACAUGCUAGGUGGCAGCUGUUUGCCUGGUGCAGGGUGGCUGUGCUGACACCUGCCCCAGCUCCACUCCCCAUCACCACCAGCCGCAAGCAUCGCCAUGUCCCUGCCCUGCCACCCUCCCUGUUCCCAUUGCUCUCUGGCUCCUGCCACUGCUUUGCUCCGCUGAAGUAACUGGCUUGGCCAUCACCCCUGCUCUCCCCUCCUGGCUCCAGACCCGCCGCUGAUCCUAACAGGGUGGGUGCCACCACGCUGGCACCACAGGCAGGGCUCUGCCCCGAGUGCAAGCAGAGCUCGGCAUGGCGCUGAGGCACUGUCCCAGCUCUCUCCGUAGCAUCGCUGAGUGGUGGGCAGCAAGGCAGGCAGCAGGAUGCUCUCCAUGACAUACAGCGAGAGCCUGCGCAGCGUGGCCAGCCGGCACCCCCCCGAGUGGGGGCUGCCCCCAGCCCCCCGCCCAGCCGACGGGCUGGAGCUGCGGCGGCUGCGGGACGUGCGGGCGGCGGCGCGGGCCAAGACGCUGGAGGAGUUCCUGCGGAUGCACGGGCUCUCCCUGGCCGACAGCACCGCCCACGCCACCGGCAUGAGCUACAGGAACCUUGGGAAGUCUGGGCUGCGUGUGUCCUGCCUGGGUCUGGGAACAUGGGUGACUUUCGGAGGACAAAUCACAGACGAGAUGGCAGAGCAGCUGAUGACUUUAGCUUACGACAACGGCAUUAAUCUCUUCGACACAGCAGAAGUCUAUGCUGCUGGCAAGGCUGAGGUGGUGCUGGGGAACAUCAUAAAGAAGAAGGGGUGGAGACGGUCCAGCCUGGUCAUCACCACCAAAAUCUUCUGGGGAGGAAAGGCUGAGACAGAGAGGGGUCUGUCCCGAAAGCACAUCAUCGAAGGUCUGAAGGCAUCACUGGAGCGGCUGCAGCUGGAGUACGUGGACGUGGUAUUUGCCAACCGGCCUGACCCCAACACGCCGAUGGAAGGGGACCCAUUUAGUUCCUCCAAGUCCCGGACAUUCAUCAUGGAAGAGACGGUGCGAGCCAUGACCCACGUCAUCAACCAGGGAAUGGCCAUGUACUGGGGAACCUCACGCUGGAGCUCCAUGGAGAUUAUGGAAGCGUACUCCGUGGCCCGGCAGUUCAACCUGAUCCCGCCGAUCUGUGAGCAAGCCGAGUACCACAUGUUCCAGCGGGAGAAGGUGGAGGUGCAGCUCCCCGAGCUCUUCCACAAGAUAGGUGUCGGAGCCAUGACCUGGUCCCCACUGGCCUGCGGCAUCGUCUCGGGGAAGUACGAUGGGGGGAUCCCACCCUACUCCCGUGCCUCGCUGAAGGGAUACCAGUGGCUGAAGGACAAGAUCCUGAGCGAGGAGGGCCGGCGGCAGCAGGCCAAGCUGAAGGAGCUGCAAGCCAUUGCCGAGCGCCUGGGCUGCACCUUGCCCCAGCUCGCCAUCGCCUGGUGCCUGCGUAAUGAGGGUGUCAGCUCAGUCUUGCUGGGCGCCUCCAAUGCUGACCAGCUAAUGGAGAAUAUAGGAGCAAUACAGGUCCUUCCGAAGCUGUCGUCUUCCAUCGUCCACGAGAUCGAUAGCAUCCUGGGCAACAAACCCUACAGCAAGAAGGACUACAGAUCCUAAGUGCGCACCGGAGUGCGCUGCGCAGGCCUCGCCGCCCGUUCGCUUGCUUACGCUUUGUUGGAGCAAAGUGGAGAGUGUGGUUUGCACUGCGACCACUGCACGGCUGUGGCCAGGUGGCUCUGAGCGCCGGGACAGCCCCGAGCCCCCCGGUCUGCAGCCGGAGCCAGCGCAGGCAGCACCGGCACAGCGCGGGGCCCGUUGCAUGUGUUGCUCCCGCUGCCCACAGUGCCAGGGGCGCCG